CUUUACGACAAACCGGCAUUAAAACUAUUAUAGGUUAGCUGUUCUUUUUUGUACUAAAUGAAAUUUUACGACUAUCUAUUAAUUUAAGUGCAAGUCGUUUGUAGUGAAUGUUGCAAAUAUGACAUUAAUGACUGUCAUAUGCAUAGGGUGAAUCACGCAGAAACUAAGUUAUUACGUUCUGUCUGUUUUAUUAUGGAUAUAUUUGACGAUUCGAUCGCCUGUCGCGUUUCACACGGUGGUCAUUUAAUGGGUUUCAUCUGUAAGCGAAGUAGAUCUGAAACCUGGGGCGAAAGAACCGAGCUGCUUCUCCGAAAACUAGUUUUUGAGCCGGAUCGCAACAGGUUCGUGAACGCAGCACAGGGAUCAGCUGUCAUCGGCAGGAAAGCCUCCGCGUGCGUCAACAUCGUGAAGUGCACAUGUGCCGUGGACGUUCAGAGGAGAGUCAGAACUGCCUGUGUUCUGGUAACAAGGAGGACCGGGAAAGCAGACGCCUUUAAGUACAGUCUUCUCACAGUGAGCUCCUCUGAUCAGCUGGAGCCACGCGUUGAGUUUAAACUCUCCUACCAGAUGACUGACAGGGUGAGCAUCCUUCAGGGCCCCACGGUGAUGUGGAUCCACGACAGCUGUAUCUUUUAUACAUCACUGCAGGCAGAAGGGGUUAGACAGAUUCCCAUUUCCAUGUCUUCCUGCGUUUUUGGAGAGCUUCCCCUCUGUAAACCCCAGGCCUUUAUUAUUGGACAGCCGGAGGGGGGUGCAAACAACCAGCCCACGAGCUCAACCCUGGCCUAUUUGGUUGGUGAUGGACAAGUGUUUGAUGGCACCAUGAUUUUACCACAUCCCUAUGUGGGUAUCACAGAGAGCAUCCUGGUGCUCCAAGCUGACCGAGCAGAUGCUGUGUUAAAAUGCAAUCUGGUUGCAGCAACUUCAAGUAAACAACUUGUUUAUUUUGAGAAUGGAAUUGCAAAGGAUGCCUGCCCACUGCCCUUUGAGCAAGCAGAAGACAUUCAAGUGGCUGACUUGGGAAGAAACGGCACCCUUUUUGUGUUAUCCUUCCGCCGGGGGAACGUUUGCGCCGUUUGGAAGGACACCUUUCAGGUAGCCUCCCAGUGGUCAUGUGUCAGCUCCGUCCACAUCGGUGACUUUCUUCAAUGUGGAACCGAUCAAUUGCUGCUAGUUUUUGAUGAUCAAGGAGUAUCAGAGGAGCUAAAGAAACAUUUUCUAAUCACUGACAUUUGUGGCAUUUUCUACGCUGGUGGUCAGGACCCUGACGUGCCAAAGAAAACGUUACCAUCUCCAGAGAACUCCCGUCUUACUCUUCAAGCUUUAGAAUCCAGAUUACAGAGCGGACUGAUUGUUCUUCAAGAUCUCCAGAAAGAAGAGAGAGUCAAGAACAGAGUCAUUCAUCAAGCACUCCAAGUCCUCACUGAUUUGGCCUCAGAAAGGAAGACCCUUAUCACCCAGCAUGAGCAGGAAGGUCUUAUUCCUCUGUGGGACUGUGACGAGGAGUCAAAGGAGCAGACCUCCACUGAUGAUCGGACGGAAAGGCCAGCAGUGUCUGCAAAACCCCGGAUUGAGAAGCUCUGGCAUCGGAUCACCGGAGAGCAGAUGGUUGUGGGAGUGACGCUGACCGCUGACUACACUGUACCACUGAGCACCGUGAGCUUAUCCCUUCUGUCAGAGACGGGCCAGAGCUCAACGCCUGCAGUAAUCCAGACUCGGAGCCAAGCGUUCUGGCUCACCGCGCCCUGCCCCCCGACACCAUCCACCUCCUCAUCUGCCUCCACGUUUUCGGAGCCUCCAGCCAAAAGAUGUAAGCAGCACGUUGCCAGCAAUGAUCUCAACACAUGCAGACUGGCUGUGACCGCAGUGACCAGGCUGGCGAAUCUGCUGAACUCUGGCUGUGUCAAGUGCGGCGUCACGCUCCAUUACUCGCAGAAAACAGAUGCUUCCUGCCUUGUGAGCAACUCAACAUCAGUGUUCCUGCACUGUGGUCAAGUUAUUGUAGACAUUCGGGAUGUUUUUCCAAGCCAGCUGCUGAAAAUCCCCCAGCAGCAAACAGAUGAGGUUAAGGAGGAUUUGCUGAGUCUGAUGGUGGUGCUGGAUCGCUGGGUCUUGCACAUCGACUCUCCAGACUACAGCUUGGGAGAUUUAGACGGCUGGCUUCAGAAGAAGUUGAGUUGCAAGAAGAUAGAAGCGUUCUCCCAGUACUUUCUGUUAGAGGGUCAACAACCAGCCACCCCCAUGCUGCUUUGCUGGAAUCAGAUCACUCCUUUCCAGGGUCAACUCAUCAUCCAUUCCUGCCACCUACAAAUGCUGCAGUUUUUGGAUUUGCUGUUGGCGUUCCUGCCUGCGUCCUGCCUCAUCCGGCCUGCCAAAUGCACAAGAGGUCAGAGGACGGCUCAAAUGUUUGCCAUGGCUUUGGAAAAGGAGGUGCUGGCUCUGAAAGAGGGCCUGUCAGAGCUGCUGUGUGAAGAAGAUGAGCAGGCUGGACAUUUGGUGAGCUCGGGUCCUGCGGAGGCGCUGCAGGGGCGCAGAGAGCAGUGGCAGCUGGACAGGGAGAGGAGCAGGAGGAGGUUGAGCCCCCUGGUGGACGUGGGGCGGUAUCGUAACGUGAUGCGAAGUCUCUCUCAGGUCCAGAUGGGUUCAGAUUUGGCAGCUGUUCUCUACACUCAGAAAAAUCUCCUCAGCUAAUAAGAAAUCCCGUCGAUAAGACCGCAAAGACAACAAACAGCAAUGCAUCAACUCCUCUAUUGAGACAGGAAAAAUCUUCAACGUGUUCCAGCCCAUUUUUUCCCCUGAGAAUUUCCAGCUCAUAUGGGUUCUGCCUGCAUUUCAGUGUGUGUGUCCACUCCUAGAAGUGUCGUGGGGUUUAAGUUGUCAAAUGUUUUGGAGAAAGCCUCAUCCUUCCUUAGUUUCACCGCUUUAAUCCUUGUGAUACCUCUCGGCUUAUUCCCAGCGGCCCCUUUCAGUUAUAAGAAACCUCUUUAAUAUCUGUCUGUUUCCUCUUCCAGGCUGUUCUCCAGAAAGUUAAAGGUGAUGGAAGCUUAAACCUAAAAGGAUUCACUACCAAAGGAAAACUUAAAUGCUACUUCUACAGAAUUCACCCUUUCUUAUGUGGAAGGGUUCAAAAAACAGCCUCAAUCUGCAGCGCAGUGUUAGUUUAACACAACGUCACAUUUUAUUAAUGUUUAUUAAUAGAAAAUGGCCGUUUUUGUUGGACCCACCUAAGUUUGUAAUGACCAAUUUUCCAUCCAAAAGAUAAGACUAUCGUUUUCAUUUCUAUUUUCACAGAGAGGAACCAAGUUUCUUUUGUUUUAGUAACAACUCCAUCUGUUUCAUUCUCAUCUGUGCCAGUACCUGCUGGUCUUAUUGCCCAAAAAAUGAUCAAGUAUCCAAAAAAAUACACAAAACAAUGGAUGAUGCUGACAAGUGCUAAUUAACAGUAGUCACACUGUUGAACUAACGAGUUCUGCAAAGGUGGUUUUCUUGGUUCUUGAACGCCUGCGACAUGAACAUUUUCUUUAUUUAACGGAUGAAGUGAGCAAAUGGCCGUGGAAAAAUGUUCAACAUUGUUUUUGACAUUUCCUAAAUAAAUGUGUUGUUUGUAAUCCGAUUACUUAUCUGUUAACUUCUUUUCAGUGCUUGUUAGGGGCCUCCACUAUGAGGUAAAACCAGAAAUUUAAAUGCAUUUAUCAAACUUUGAGGCAAUCAGAGGGUCUAUGUUGUGCUUUUAAUUUAAAAUAAGUCCACUGGUUAUUUUGCGUUGUAAGUAAUUUUAGAAACCCAGACAUUUUUAGUGUUCCCACUGAGAGGGGAGGUUGAUAAGAGAUCAAAAACUGGUCUUUUUGUUUGGUAGCAUUCAUACUUGUUUUUAGAUUGCAGUCAUAUUGAAUAUUAAUUGAUAUUAAUUUAAUCUUUUCUUCAUAGAUUUGAAUUAUUUUUUAUUUGUAUGUACAUUUCUGUUGUUGCGUAUUCAUCAUCUGUCCAACUUGUUGAGAAGCAAAAACAUAGCAUAAAAUAUGCUAUGUUUUUGCUAAUAUUAGUCUAAGAUGCAAAAAUAUUGACUUGAGUCUUCAGGAAAAAACAACUUAUAAAACAAAAUUUACUGUCUCACUUUGAAACACAUUGUUACCGUGGUGCAACUGUAUUAUAAAUAAUUAAUUUUUAAAAAAUUGCAUUCUUUCAAUGCAGUAAGAAGUCAUUUAAAAAAAUUGUAAACUACUAAGUGAGUUAUCUUCACCGUAAAGUUUUGUAAAUGAGCAAAAAGUGUUCGAGAUGUCGUGGAAGCAGCCGUUUUGAAAUGAGCAGGAAAAGCUCUUCUACUGCCUCUAGUGGAAGGAUGAUGAACUGCAGGGCAGAAAACGGACAAAGUUGUUUACAACGGGUUUGUAAGGACAGUUUGGAAGUUAAUCAGAUAGGGGUCUCAGAAAUGCGUGUAUCAAAUAUGACAUUACUUGUAAUAGAGACAAGAGAAUUCAUAAAAUGAUACUUAUAACCAAGUUUAGCCUCUAUAUUUAUUCUUACCUCAAUUUAAAAAUCUGUAUAUUACAUAAUGAAUCUUUCACACCUGUGCAUCUUAAAAAGGUUUGAUUAUGUAAAGUUGUUACAAAUGCAUUCAGUGAUUUACUUUUCUUUUCAAACCUGAUGAUAUGCAAUCAGACGUUAAAAUGUCUUCCUAUCUGAAUGUGUAUUUGGCCCCAGAGCAAGAAUAAAUCCUGAGAACAAAGCCAAUGGCUCCCGGGGCUGAUGUAGAUAUAUUGGGAAGAGGACAGAAAUAACAUAAUAAAUAAGACUCAACCAAUAGCAGAGUCUUCCACUGGACAAAGCAGACCAUCCACCAUUUCUAAAACACACUGUGGUGAAUAACAGCUUUAUGCUUUAACCAUCAACAGCAAAUCUCCAUGAUUGCCUGCAUUUGCAUUUGAGCUCAAUAAAAACCCAUGCAUGUGGAUUACUUUGUCAUUCAAUUCAGAUACAAAUUUCAGCCUGAAAUUUGAGAGAGUCAGUAUUUUGUCUCAUAAAGGUAACAUUUGUAAAAAAUAAAAUGAAUAAAGCAGAGCUACAUGG